UUUUUCCCAGUGCAUUCGGAGUGCGAUGAUGUCUGCCCUCUCUGUGACCCACGCUUUGUGCUUCAGCUGUGAUUAUUAGCUGGUUUAUCUGUGUUUAGCUGUUUGAGCUUCAUCGAGAAUGUGACCUUUAUUGCUCAUAUGGAAGACAGCCGUCAGACUAUUUUAGCUGAUAUGAGCACGCUGCCCGGAUACACAGGGGCCAGAAUAUCAGGCUGCUGGGCACUCCGUACAGAUGGAGGUGGAAGUGGUGAAGACUCUCUGGACAGACUCCUCCCUGCGGUCAGCACCUCUCGCAGGAAAAGCAGCACUCUGGGUAAAACCGAACCUCCACUGCUCCGCACCGGCACACGUACCAUCUACACAGCCGGCAGACCGCCCUGGUACAACGAACAUGGAGCACAGUUUAAAGAGGCCUUUGUUAUUGGUCUGUGCGGUGGCAGUGCCUCGGGAAAAACUUCUGUAGCCAAUAAAAUCAUUGAAGCUUUGGAUGUUCCUUGGGUGGUUUUGCUAUCUAUGGACUCAUUCUAUAAGGUUCUGUCUCCAGAGGAACAAGCUCUGGCUGCCCGUAACGACUAUAACUUUGACCAUCCUGGAGCUUUCGACUUUGAGCUGCUUGUGACCACGCUGCAGAAACUCAAACAGGGGAAAAGUGUAAAAAUCCCAGUCUAUGACUUCACUACACAUGGACGCCAGAAAGACUGGAAAAAUGUUUAUGGUGCCAGCGUCAUUAUCUUUGAAGGCAUCUUGUCCUUUGCAGACAAUGAGCUCUUGCAGCUGAUGGACAUGAAGAUUUUUGUAGAUACAGAUUCAGAUAUCCGGCUGGUACGGCGGCUGAGGAGGGACAUCACAGAGAGAGGGCGGGACAUUGAGGGGGUCAUUAAACAAUAUAACAAAUUUGUAAAACCAGCCUUCGAGCAAUACAUCGAACCCACCAUGAGACUUGCAGACAUCGUAGUGCCACGUGGUGGAGGUAACAUGGUGGCUAUUGACCUGAUCGUUCAGCAUGUUCACAGCCAGCUAGAAGAGCGUGAGAUUAGUGUCAGGGCACUCCUGGCCAUGGCCCAUCAGUCCCAGCCGCUUCCUCAGACUCUCAGUGUAUUGGAAAGCACACCACAGGUCCGCGGUCUGCACACCAUCAUCAGGAACAGAGACACCAGCCGUGAUGAGUUCAUCUUCUACUCAAAGAGACUGAUGCGGUUGCUUAUUGAAUAUGCGCUGUCUUUCUUGCCCUCCAAGGCCUGUUUCAUCCGGACACCACAAGGCCAAGAGUAUGAGGGUCGCAGAUUUAGUGGGAAAGGGAUCACAGGUGUGUCUGUUCUCCGGGCCGGGGAGACCAUGGAACCUGCUCUGAGAGCCGUGUGCAAAGACGUCCGUAUCGGCAAGAUUCUGAUCCAGACUAAUCUAGAUUCAGGAGAGCCAGAGCUGCACUACCUGCGACUGCCCAGAGACAUCAGUGAGGACCAUGUGAUUCUGAUGGACAGCACUGUUUCCACAGGAGCGGCGGCCAUGAUGGCAGUGAGGGUGUUGCUGGACCAUGAUGUCCAGGAAGACAAGGUUUUGUUGGUGUCUCUGCUGAUGGCAGAGCUGGGUGUUCACUCAGUGGCUUACGCCUUCCCUCGUGUCAAAAUCAUCACCACUGCUGUGGACAAGAGUCUAGACGACCUCCUUCAUGUCAUUCCAGGCAUAGGAGACUUUGGUGACCGUUACUUUGGGACAGAUGGGAUUUCAUCAUGGAGUGACAAAGAGCAGCAAGAACCGCAUAGCUGCUCACCGGAGGUUUGACCCGCUGCUCAAGCAAUUCAGGCAGCUGUGGAUAGCGAGGAUCAACACUUACCGUAAUUUCAUAAAACCAGCCAGGAACAAAAAUAGAUUUGCUAGCACACUCAUGAGGUGCAGUAUUUGUCGCACUUCAUUUUAUGACCGUAUGUUCAUGAUAGGAUCUAAAAAAGAUCUAACAAUUGUUUUAGCAGUUAAUAAUUUAAUUUACAUUUGAUAUUUUAUUCUGGAGUAUUGUUUGUUCCUUAAACACUGUCACAAUAGUUCAAAACGUUCAAACUAGACAUAUUUAUAUAUUUUCUAAAUAUUCGUUUUUACAUUUGUAUAAAUAUACAAAAGACUGGACCCAUAUGGCUGUUUAUCGGUUUUACACAUUCAGCUUAAAUUAUGUUUAUGUCCCUCAAUUCAACAUCGGUUCUACAAUUUUAUGAGAAAUUUCUGUUUGAUCAUUCUUGAGGCAGCUAUCUCCAAGAGAGCAGGUUGGAAGAGUUUUUCCCCCGACACGUACUGCUGCAGCACUAACACCAGGGGGCAGUACAUCACUCCUGUCUCAUCGUGAUCUUGCAGGUUCAGUAAGGACAUUUCAAAACCAACUAUGGAACUCAAAAGCAUUUGGGGAAAAUGUAUUGUUCACUCAGGAGUUUAGAGACAAUUGAGCUAAAAUGUUUCUACAAUCUUAAUAAAACAUUAGAAGAAGACCUUGACCUAGCCAUGACCUUAGUAGCUCAACAGAAUAGUGACUAGAGUAAACUUGAGGUGUUUUUGUUGAGAAACCCUGAGAGGAAACAAUUGCACAUAUACUAGCUACCUUUGGGUGAAGGUGAAGGGUUCUUCACUAAGAGGUACUGAAAACAUUUCUAUUGCAAUGGAAUAAUGAAUGACCAAGUAAAAAGUGUUACACGGAAAAAGUCAUAGAAGGUUAGAAAAGAUAGAUGUGACAUCUGUUUCAAGAAAAUGGAGGAAACUUGGCAUACACAAGUCCUUUUAAAGAUCAAAUUGUUUUACCAAACUGGAAUCAAAGGGCAGCUGUCAAAGAAUUAACCUCGAAUGUUUGGCUGAAUUUAACCAGACAACAUCAAUCUCUUAAUUUAACAUUUUACAGGUGUGACUUAAUUAGCUUGAUGGAAGGGACAGAAUCUGACCCAUCUGCAUUUAGGACAAAAUAUAUUCAUAUAUUUCCCAGUAAACCCACAACUAUGAAGUAGUUCCAGGUCUGUUGACUGCAUAACAGUUCAGUGUCACUCCGCUACACUAUUUCAGUUAUUUUGUUUUGUGGUGCGUCGUGGUUCUCUCCUGAAUGUGUGACGGAGACUGACAUGGACUGUACAAGGCUGACAUUGCAGACUAGUGAGACUGGGUUGCACUCUCUCUAGGUUGCUACAACAUGCAGACACUUUCUCCAGUGUUGCUGGAGCUCUGAAACAUGGGUGACAUCUUGACUUAGCAGAGCUCUCCAUACAUUCUGGAUUCGCCUAGACAACAAACUGGUCUGCGACUGCAGCCUCAAGGUUAACCUGUUACUAUGGAAACAAGUCAGCCAAUAAAAAAACAGCAGACGGUUGCUAUGUUGACUGCACCCUUUUUGUUUUAAGUAUGACCUAUUUUUUUUUUCCCAGAGCAAGUCAGAUGCAUGCUUGUGACACCUUCACACAUAAACACACACAGGGACAGAGUAAGAGAGGUAGGAAAGCAGGUUACACUUUUACAAACACAAGUUCAUGUGUUCUGGUAGAGGAUUUCAAUGAAAUAAAAGAAAAAAUCCCAUGACCUCCUCCAUCUGUUUCUAAUGUAUUCUUACUGUGAAAUGCAAUGAGAUUUUGCCUCAAUGAAAGGGAAUUCUUAAAUACCAUACCAUGACACUGAUGCAGUUGUCAUAGGAACAACAUGUACCACAGUGAAAGGCUGAUGUGACUGCAGCUUCAAUGGCUAAUUAGGGUAAACAAAGAACUCCAAUGCAAUCCCUCAUCUACCUGAGUGUAUAAACUAAUCAAACCCGGUUUAAUCAGAGCCUAAUCACAUCCAGAUUUGGAAUGAGAAAUGUCCUCUGGAAUAUUUGCUGAACCUUUUGCGUUGAUGCCUACAGACAUCACAAAAUGCAAA